UAGCCGUAGCAGAAUAUCACAAAAAAAUCAAGGAGGCUUUUGAAGUGUUUGACCAUGAGGCGAAUAAUACAGUGGAUAGAGAUCGGGACAAUUAUCAGGUCGCUAGGGUGCUGCCCAAGUGAAGGAGAGCUCCAUGACCUGAUCGCAGAGGUAGAGGAAGAAGAACCCACUGGAUACAUUCGAUUUGAAAAAUUUCUUCCAGUGAUGACCGAAGUACUACUGGAGAGAAGAUACAGACCAAGUCCAGAAGAUACCCUUCUUCGAGCGUUUGAGGUGUUAGAUCCAUCUAAACGUGGAUUUCUGACUAAAGAAGAACUGAUCAAGUAUAUGACUGAAGAAGGUGAGCCUUUUUCUCAGGAAGAAAUGGAAGAAAUGCUGUCUGCUGCCAUUGACCCAGAAUCGAAUUCCAUUCAUUACAAGGACUACAUAGCCAUGAUGGUGGUGGAUGACAGCUAGGUUCUGGAGACGUAAUUUCUCACCGAAAGGAUGACCAUAGAGAUGGCCUGUCCCUAUUAAUUUCACAUCUUAUAAUUUCUACACAUGCUAAUUAAUGCCCAGUGACAACUAUUUCACAAUACUUUGUUUUUUAAAGAUGAACACAAAUUUAUUUGGUAUGUCUGCCUUAUGGAAUGACCAAUGGCUAAUUAUUUUAAAGCUUAUUCUUAAAAACAUUUUAACAUUAUCCGUGGAUUGUUGUGGAUUUUCUACAAUAAAACCCCGGUGACCUUCAAAUUCA